AUGGAAUAUAACUGGGUGUGCGAAAAUCAUCAACUGGGAACAUAUACGGUUGCUUACCAAAUUUGUCUUGCAGUUUUAGAAAAUGUGGGUGUUAAAUAUCGUACGCUGAUAGCAAAUGUAUUCGUUGCUUUAUUCUAUACACCAUCAGCUUGUCUAUUGCCUUGGAUAGCCUAUUUUUUAAAUAACUGGCGCAUUUUGUCUUUAGUCACCUCAACACCGAUUAUCUUUGGACUUGUGUUAUAUUUUUUCUUGCCUGAAUCACCCAGAUGGCUGUUAUCAGUUGGUAGAAUCGAUGAGGGAAUGAGAAAUAUACAGCGAGCAGCUGAUGUCAAUGGCGCAAAAAUCCCCGAAGGUAUUUUGUCAGACUUUCAUCGAUGCUGCGAACUGUUUUAUAAUACUGAACAGUCAUCCAAAAAUUAUACAAUAUUCGAUUUGUUCAAAUAUCCACGAAUGCGUCGCAUAACCAUUAUACUAUUACUUAUUGGAAUGCUAGUUACUCUGAUAUACGAUGCUCAUGUGCGCCUUAUAGUUGAUAUAGGAAGCGACGUUUUUAUAACCUUCUCAGUGGCCAAUCUAACAGAAUUCCCUGGCGGUCUAAUAACGUACUUCGUUAUUGAUCGUGUAGGUCGGAAGCCGAUAUUAUUUAUGGUGUUAAUGUUUUGUGGAUUUGGUAGUCUAUUGGCUGCUCUUUUAACUAAGAAUCUAUCGGUGACUAUUGCAGCGAUUUUUAGUCGUUUGUUUGCUAACAUGGGCUAUAAUAUUUCACUACAGUGGCAAGCAGAAAUCCUACCAACUGUUGUUCGUGCACAGGGUGUAGCACUUAUACAUAUAAUGAGCGCUGCAGCAACUUUAUUUUCGCCGUUAGUCUGCUAUUUGGAUCAUUAUAUGCAACAUUUACCGCUAUUUAUAUUGACUGUUUUAUCAAUAAUUGGUGCUUUCUUAGUGUUAUUUUUACCCGAGACUAAAAAUGCAGUCAUGCCACAAACUGUCGAAGAUGGCGAAGAGCUUUGGAACCAAAAACUUUGGUGUAGUUCAUAAAAAAUUUAAAAUGUAAAAUUCUAACGUUGUUUUUAAAAUUGGCGGCUAGCACAAGCGCUUUACAGCACUGAUAACCACAAUUGAUUAGAGAUGGCAC